AUGGAGCAGGAGAGCAUUGACUUUGAGCAAGGAUGGGAAUAUAUACAGAGUGGUAUCACUAAGAAGAAACGCUAUUUGGAAGGACUUGGGCCGGCACUUGACCCUGAGGAAUCUAUGGAGCUUUACACGACUGUCUACAACAUGUGCAACCAGAAAGCUCCUCACGAUUACUCACAGCAGCUUUAUGACAAGUAUCAUGAAGCAGUUGAGGAAUAUGUUAACUCAACAGUGUUGCCUGCGUUAAUGGACAAGGAUGACGAUGAAUAUAUGCUUCUGCAAGAACUUGUUAAAAGAUGGUCUAACCAUAAGAAGAUAGUUAUUUUCCUAUCCGGGAUCUUCCAUAGACUUGAUAGUUACUUCAUCCCUCGGAGAUCACUCCCAACGCUGAAAGAAACUGGCCUGACAUGCUUCCGUGACCUGGUUUAUAACAAUCUGCAACGAAAUGUCAAAGAAGCUGUGAUAACACUAGUCGAUAAAGAGAGAGACGGAGAGGAUAUUGAUAGGGAGCUGAUGAAAAGCGUAAUAGACUUUUACGUAGAGAUCGGAAUGGGAACGAUGGAAAGAUACGAACAAGAUUUCGAGAGGUUCUUGCUUGAAGGUGCAUCGUCUUACUAUUCUCGCAAGGCAUCAAGCUGGAUUGAAGAAGAUUCUUACAAUGAUUACGUUCUCAAGUCUGAAGAAUGUCUAGAGAAGGAAAAGGAGAGAGUUACUCAAUACCUUCCCUCAAGCAGUGUUCCAAAGCUGGUUAAGAAAGUUGAACAUGAUUUGUUAGUGAAGUAUGCAAAACAGCUUCUACAGCAAUCAGAGUUUCGUGAAAUGGCGCGAGGCUUGGAACAUAUUGCAAACAUAUUCAAGAAAUAUGUCAGAGACGCAGAUGGUCAUGAAGACACGGAGGAACAUGUCUUAAUCAGAAAACUGAUUGAGCUACAGGCUAAAUACAUGGUCUCUGUCACUGCCUAUUCCCAUAACCGCACCCUCUUUUACAAGACUUUGAAAGAAGAAUUUGAGGGUUUUUGUAGACUAACAGUCGAUGGAAGCUCUUCAAAUGCUGAGAUAGUCGCAAAAUUUUGCGACAGAAUUAUCCUCAAGAAAUGGGGAAGUGAGGAGGAGCUGAGUGAUGAAGCUAUUGAGAAGGUGGUCAUACUUCUUGCUUAUAUAAGUGAUGACAAGUUUCUUUUUGGAGAGAUUUACAGAAAGAAGCUGGCCCUUAGGCUCUUACUGAAUCGGGGUGCUAAUGAUCAUGAUCAUGAGAGAAGUAUCUUAACAAAGCUCAAGCAAAAAUUUGGUGAGCAGAUUACAUUUAAGAUGGAGAAAAUGGUGACGGAUAUGAUUUUGUCAAGAGAAAACCAUAACGGUUUCAGUGAGUAUGUCGCCAGUAAUAAUGCAAAACCAGGGAUUGAUUUCACCGUCACUCUUCUCACCAAUGGUGUUUGGCCAAGUUACAAAACGUUUGGCAUCAAUCUACCAAGUGAAAUGGUCAAGUGUGUUGAAGUUUACAAAGGGUUUUAUGAAGCGAAAACGAAAGCUAAGAAACUUACUUGGAUCCAUUCACUAGGAACUUGUCACAUCAAUGGAAAGUUUGGUCGAAAGACCAUUGAAUUGAUUGUGUCUACUCACCAGGCUGCUCUGCUUCUGCUUUUCAACACAAGAGACGUAAUGAGUUACACUGACAUCCAAACUCAACUGAACGUAACCGAUGAAGAUCUAGUGCGGUUGCUUCAUUCCUUGUCGUGUGCUAAGUACAAGAUUCUUAUCAAGGAGACAAAGACAAAGACUGUUUCCAAGACUGAUGUUUUUGAAUUCAACUCCAAGUUUAACGUUAGAAUGCGCAGAGUAAAGAUCCCUCUCCCUCGUGGUGAUGAAAGGAAGAAAGUCGUUGAAGAUGUAGUAGAGAAAGACAGGCGCUAUGCAAUUGAUGCUGUCAUUGUCAGGAUCAUGAAGGGAAGUAAAGUAUUGGGAUAUCAACAACUUGUUUCUGAGUGUGUCGAGCACCUAAGCCUGAUGUUCAAGCCUGAUAUUAAAGCGAUCAAGAAACGUAUGGAAGAGUUAAUAAACAGGGAUUAUUUGGAGAGGGACACUGAAAAUCCUAACUUGUUUAGGUACUUGGCUUAG